AAGUAAUUGCAAUAUUUAUUGUAGGGUAAUUAAGUAGGUACAUAAUGGCGGAUCCAAAAGAAAAUAAAAAAGAAAGAUCAUCUUCAAUCACGAAGGUACAAAAGAAACUUAUAUCCGAUUUUAUGGACAAUCAUCGUGAAUUAGUAAGCUGUCAAUUUUCGGCAACGUUUUCUCAUCAGUCCGCGAAAUUGCUAUGGUGCGAGCUUUUAAGUAUAAUUAUUAGUGUGCCCGGCGGUGGAAAAAAAGACAAUUGGCAGCAAGUCCGGAAAUGCUGGCAAGAUAUGAAAAAGACCGUCAAGAAAAAGCAGUCCGAAAUAAACAAAUACUGCUCAAGAACCGGGGGCGGAGGCCCACCAACUACAACUUUGGAUGGUGUGGAGGAAACGAUUUUGACUCUCGUGCCAACAGCAACAAUAUCUGGCGAUCCGAACAUUUUGGAAUCGGCUGUAUUUUUCAGUUUUGACAACACAGCAAACAAGUUGCCCACUGACGGUGGUGUUGGGGAGGAAGAUAACUUAACAAAUAGUAUGUUGGUUGAUGAUGUUGUUUUGGACACGGAUAUAGGUCAGAGUACUCCUUCCCGAAAUACGACUACUAUGCCUGAUGCAAAAAGUUGUGCCCGUCCGGAACCAAAAAAAAAAUUGUCGAAAACGGUGAGACUGUCGAAGACCCUAAAUAUAUCGGAGAAUAUGUUGGCCAAGUGCAGCGAAAAGAUUCGGAUUAAAGAGGCAUAUUAUAAGAAGAAACUGGAAUUGCUAGAGGCUGAUAGCAAAAGACGUGGCGCUUAUGAAGCGGAAAAACUUGAAUUGCUCCGACGUAAUGGGGUUCUCUUGGAACAAAUUUUACAACGUCUCCCAAAUGUAUGUCCUCCACAUUAA